UGUUUACAAAAUAGGAUAACCUGUGAGGAUCUCCAAAAUCUGCAUCCGUUUGCUCAUGCGUACUGCAAUGUUUUGAUUCAGAGAAUGGCUUACUUCGAAGACCCGAUUUCGGAUGCUACAUUCACAUAUGAAAGUGGACCGUUAAGUUACACUGACUUUCCUCACACAGAUGAGCCUGUGUUCAUUCUUGGAGAACAAUACAGUGUGCUGUAUGAUUUGGCAGAAAUAAGAGAUGAUGUAACAUCCAGAUUGUGGUUUACAUACAGAAGAGGAUUUCCAAAUAUUGGCGGUACAGGUCCCUCGUGUGAUACUGGCUGGGGCUGCAUGCUGAGAUGUGGACAAAUGAUGCUGGCUCAAGCUUUAGUCAACAGACACCUUGGCAGAGGUUGGCGUUGGCACAGUUCGUCCAGUAAAGAUGAACGCUACAGACGUAUCCUGGAAAUGUUCAUGGACAAGAAAAGCUCCUACUUCUCAAUACAUCAGAUUGCCUCUAUGGGGGUGUCUGAAGGAAAAACUGUCGGGCAGUGGUUUGGACCAAACACAGUAGCGCAGGUGCUGAAGAAGCUGGUUGUUUAUGAUGAGUGGAGUUCACUGGCAGUUCAUGUGGCCAUGGAUAACUCUGUCAUCAUGGAUGAUAUAAAAUGUUUAUGUAAGUGCAAACACGGGGACGACCUUGGUAAGUGCUCGAUACGCCAGGGUUCCAAACGUCACCAGGCUGGUCAACGUAGGCAGGACAGGGACUACAUCAGCUUCACGACGUCCAGUGACACCAGCUCAUCUGCACUCAACUCUCCCCCUGAACAUUCCCCCCGCAGUGUGGACCUGGGGACGUGGAAGCCUUUACUGCUGUUUAUACCUCUAAGACUGGGACUCACUGACACCAAUGUGGUCUAUGUUGAAAGUUUAAAGAAGUGUUUGAGUCUCAAACAGAGUAUAGGAAUGAUAGGAGGAAAGCCCAACCAUGCACACUGGUUUAUAGGAUAUAUGGGAGAUGAGCUGGUCUACUUGGACCCUCACACCACUCAGAUGGUCGUAGAGGCAGACGACAUCAACAUCAGUGACGAGUCGUACCACUGUCAGUAUUCUUCAAGGAUGAAAAUACUGGACCUAGAUCCGUCUAUAGCUUUAGGUUUUUACUGCAGUACAGAAGCAGACUUUGAGGAUCUUUGUGGUGACCUGAGGCAGUUUGUGACGAAUCGUCAGACCUCGGCCAUGUUUGAACUUCACAAAGAGAGGCCCCUACACUGGCCACCCUACGAGCCUUACACUCUGAAAGCCACAGCCAAUCCUAAGGAGUAUGAUGUUGUUGACAAACCAGCCUGUGAUAGUGAUGAUGACUUUGAAAUUGUUGAUUAUUGAACAACAUUCUACAGCAAACAGCAGAUUCCGCUAUGUUAAAUUCAUUCAGUGGACUUUGAAUUUACUAAAACAUGAACAAUAGAACACACUAGAACUGAAUUAUCAUUGUUAUGCAAUAUGCAUUUAAGAUGGAGGUAUGUUUGUGGAUUCCAAAACAAGCAUUUGUGGACAAACCGUUUCAAAAAAAUGUUAUUCAUAGCAUUAUUUGUUACAAGUAUUGUAUUUGCACACCUCUGUUCCUUGCUGUUAAAAUAAGACAUUUGCAUUUUAAGCUUGAUUAUUCACGGAAUAGUCCGAGCUAUACUACUCGCCAAAAUGUCUGCAACAGCAUCCGCCUUUUGCUCUGGUCAAGGUACAUGCUAAAAUUCUCCAUACCACAGUUUUCACUACAAGCAAUAAUUCAAACUUAACACAUGAGUGCGGAGUACUUGUGUGAGGUCACUGACGAUAUUCCAUAAAAUCAACCUGCAAUUGAGCUUAAUCAUGUCCGUUUUUGUACUAAGAAAAUUCUUGUUAAUGUGUGUAUGCACUUGAGCUGCUCCAUGUAUCUAAUCUAGUACAUUAUAUUGAAAUUGAACUUUACAUCUGUGUUCAAGAUUAUGAACGUUCACUGACUAAGACCUAUAACUUUGACCUUCCUUUAAGCAUGAUUAUUUCCCCUGCUGUACUAAGGUUAAUUUUUGAGUGCAAGUUGAAAUUCAAGUUAAAGUUGUUGUUGUGCUAUGUUUUACCUCUAUUGCCACACAUUGUCAUAAAAUGAUGUGAAUCCUUGCGCUCUUUUGCGGACUUGACACUGUUGUUAAUAAUUGAACAUGAAUAGUGAAAAUAACUAAAAUAGUAUAAUUGAUGUAUGAUAAAAUGAUUAUUUAACAGUGUUUUUGUGCUCCAACACAGGGGUCUUUCUCACAUUAAUUGGACUUGCCUGUUGGCCGGUCUAAUAUGGUAUGUAAGCUGUGGACUCUUCCAAAUAUAUCACUGUAGUGAACGCAUUGUUAAAUAAGCUAAAAUAUUAUAUAUCAUUCACUGCUUGAGAAAUAAAAAUAAUAAGCAACUUAAAAGAAGAGAUAUUUUUUAUGUUAGAAGAACAUACAAAGUUGAAUACCCAAUAGCAAUAGCUAGACAUUGAUGAAACUGGGCUUUAAAUAUUGAAUAUUACAGUUGCAAACGUACGGGAGAAAAAUAAAGUUAUCUUGUAUAAAUAACAUAUUAAUCAAAAAAGCAUGCUUAUGUGUUGCUUCCAUGUUAUAGACUUCUCUUUGUUAAUUUAUGUACAUGUAUGUAUGCACUUAAAAAUCAGCCCUGCAUAUCAAUGCAUUGCUUCAAAGGCAUGUUGUGAAUGUUUGUACUAUGUUUGUUAUAUGCAAUAUUUGCUUACUGUUAAAUAUAUGUGAUGUUAUAGUGAACUUAAAAAAAUAAAUAUAUAAUUGAACCUUA